UACAAUCAUGUCUUGCGCGGCGAGUCUGCGCAUGAAAUAAAAAAAUAUUGAAAAAGAAAUGGCAGUAACUAGCGAAAAAGAAAAUUGUGCACGAAUUAAUGGAAAUAUACCCGCGCUAUCGCUUAACAGUGACAACAUGUCGACGUCGACGGACAGUGAUGAGACUGCGGAUCCGGAGUACGAGAUCAGGAAUAUACAGAACAUUAUAAACGUGACUCGCCACAACAUCGAUGCGCUGAAUGCUAAAUUCGCUGGUUUCCAGCACCCACCUUCGUUAUAUCUAAUUGAGUAUCAGGAGCUAACGUCAAAGCUACAUACGCUGGAGCAGCGGGAGAGGCAUUUACGAGAAUUAUUACAAACCGAUUCUCCAGAUCAUAGCGAAGAGUACUCGUUUUUUGAUGACUCAAAAAAGUUUGACACUCUAACUCGUCAGCGGAAAGUUUUUCUGCGAGCCCAUCUUCCGAACCAGCAGCGAACCAGUGUACAGGUCAAAGAGGGAGUGACACUGCGUGUGGCUCUCUCCAAAGCGCUCAAAUUGCGGAACCUGACCUGCGAGAUGUGUGAGGUUGUGAGGACGGGCUACAACCAAGUUAUACCGUGGGACAUUGAUAUAACCACUAUUGAUGCAGAAGAGGUAACAGUUCGGACUCUUGACGGGCUACCUAUAAUGACUCACAUCUCACAUCAAUUCGCCCGUAAGACAUUCUUCACAUUAGCUUUCUGUGAGUGCUGCAGGCGACUACUCUUCAAUGGAUUUUACUGCUCGCAGUGUAACUUCAAGUUUCACCAGAGAUGCGCUGAUAAAGUUCCUAGUAUGUGCCAUCAGGUACGUAUGACAGAUACAUAUUAUGCAGCACUGUUGGCACAGAACCCAGAAACUCAAGCUGGCAUUCUACACUAUCCUCCCCACUUCGGGUACCAUCCUGGGAUGAGAGGAGACCAAAGCAAACAACCACACCCACGUUCAUUGAACCAGCAAGACCGAUCAAAUUCUGCUCCAAAUGUUUGCAUCAACAUGGUGCAGAAGCCUUUGACGCUAGCUGAACAUCAAAAAUGCUACAGUCAGCACGGCAGCGACAACUCCACGCAGUCGUCGAACUAUCUGAGUUCGAGCGGGCCCAGCAAGGACGAGGCGGAUGACAGCGACCAUCCGCACAGCCACAGCACGCAGACGUCUCCGACGGGCACGCUGCGGCCGCGGCGGGCGCGCGCGCGCUCGGCGGACGAGUCGUGGAAGAACGCGCUGUCGCCGCGGGAGAGCUACGACGACUGGGUCAUCCCGGCCGACGAGAUACUCAUCGGCGCCAGGAUAGGCUCCGGGAGCUUUGGGACGGUGUACAAGGCGCACUGGCACGGCCCGGUCGCUGUGAAGACGUUGAAUGUCAAAACACCCACUCCGGCACAACUGCAAGCUUUCAAAAAUGAGGUGGCCGUGCUGCGUAAGACGCGGCACUGCAACAUCCUGCUGUUCAUGGGCUGCGUGUCGAAGCCGUCGCUGGCCAUCGUGACGCAGUGGUGCGAGGGCUCCUCGCUCUACCAGCACCUGCACGUGCUCGAGACGCCCUUCCCCAUCAUAUACCUCAUCGACGUGGCCAGGCAGACGGCCCAGGGCAUGGACUAUCUGCACGCCAAGAACAUCAUACACAGGGAUUUGAAAUCGAAUAACAUAUUUUUGAGAGAUGACUGGUCGGUAAAGAUUGGAGACUUUGGACUCGCUACUGCUAAAGUUCGGUGGUCAGAGUCGUCGUCGUCAGGCGGCGUGCAGUGGCAGCAGCCCACGGGCAGCAUCCUGUGGAUGGCGCCCGAGGUGAUCCGCAUGGAGGAGCCGGCGCCCUACACGUUCCACUCGGACGUGUACUCGUACGGCGUGGUGCUGUACGAGCUCAUGGCGGGCGAGCUGCCCUACUCGCACCUCAACAACAAGGACCAGAUCCUGUGGCUGGUGGGGCGCGGCCGCCUGCGCCCCGACGUGCGGCGCCUGCGCCCCGACGCGCCCGCGCAGCUCAAGCGCACCUUCUCCGAGUGCGUCGCCUUCGACCGCGCCGCGCGACCGCUCUUCCGCCAGGUGCUGGCGGCGCUGGAGGCGGUGCUGCGGCUGGUGCCCAAGAUCACGCGCUCGGCGUCGGAGCCCGCGCUGUCGCACCCGCACCCGCGCGCCGCGCUCGACUACCUCGCCUACUCCUGCGCCUCGCCCAAGACGCCGGUCAACUUCCACUUCAACGCCGACACCAGCUUCCCCGCCUUCUACGGAAUCCCAGUACCCAAUCAGAGGCACCCCUAGGAGCACGGCGCGCCCGCCGGCCCCCUCGAGCCCGGGGCUCCGCCCCCCUGCGGCCUGCAGGCCCCUCACGGAGCGCCCGCGCCCCAUGCGGAUGAUCCAGUGAUAAAUACACGCACAGAUGAUAAAUUACUUGAUUUAAUUAAAAUAUGACAUAAUUUGUUAGUACAACGUGUACAACAUGAUUACGCCGUAAUGCGUAUUAAUGAUUAAGCCUGCAUAUUAAUAAACUAAAUAAAAUGAAAAAUAUCUGGCAAUUACAAGUUGAGAAAGCAAAAUAUUUUAAAAUUCUCAGAGAACUCAGAGGGUCAACCUUUAGUGAGAUUGGUAAAUAAUUUUAAGCAAGACAAGUGGCUACUUCAGUCUGGAAAAAUAAAAAUUUACCUUUGGUCUGUGUGACAAGGCUCCGUGCCAAGAUGAACUUCAUAUUCUGUGCAAUGAAAUAUGUGAUGAAACUACUAUACCAGUAUUUACUUACUUGAGAUAUAAUUUGGAAUUCCAACGAGCUAACGAAGCAAUAGGAUGGAGCAACUUAAAUGUACCUACCGCAGUACAAUCUCAGGAUUACAUAUGUCAAUGACAUGGUCACUGAACAUACUUUGAAUUAAAAAAAAAUAUUUUGCAACUAUAAUAGUUUCAUAAGCCCAGUGAUCUAAGUGAACUUUAUGAAAAUACAUAGUUCAAUAAAAACGUCCAGGACAGAAUCCAUCCACAUCACUUGGGACAUUCACAUUCAAAUGUUGUUAGAAAGUGUAGGACUUUGGAAUGUGUUGUGUUGUGAUAAAGUGAAAUGAUAGUGCGGAAAAUGCAGAGUACGUGUC